ACUAGAGCACAAGCGACCUAGGGUGAGUCGACUUUAAUAACUGCGAACUAAGACUAGAGGCACGUCCCUUGCUACAUCUUUCUUUAUAUACGUACUGCUUCGGACCAGGUUGUCUGGCAAGAUCUUUACCUCACUUCAGUCACUCUUUAUCUGAUUCUGAUCACUUUCAUUUACUUCCUUUCCCUCUGCAUCCUUUCAGCUGUCGCGAUGACUCGCUAUUCAUUUGUACUCUCCGCCUUGAUGGCAACUGCCACCGCAGCCGAGAGCACGGCUUAUGCUCAAUGUGGCGGCAGUGGAUGGACUGGUGCCGUCACAUGUGUGUCUGAUUAUCAUUGCCAGUACCAAAAUGACUGGUUCUAUCAGUGUGUUCCAGGUGCUGCCGCUGGACCUACAAAGGCUGCCGCUGGUACCACCAAAGCUGCCGUGGGGACGACCAAAGCUGCCGCACCCACCAAGACAGCUAUCACAGCCACCACGCUGGUGACAGUCCAUCGAUCCUCUACCAAGUCUGUCGCCGCCGCAUCUUCUACGAAGCCUGCAGCUGCAACAGUCGCUGCGCAGAGCUCCUCUUCGUCAGGACGUACGUCGUACGCUGGUGUCAACAUUGCUGGGUUUGAUUUUGGCUGCUCUACCGAUGGAUCCUGCUACGGGUCCUACGUAGAUCCAGGCGCAAACGGCAUUGCUCAGAUGCAGCACUUCACCAGCGUAGAUAAGCUCAACACUUUCCGCCUACCCAUUGGCUGGCAGCAUCUUGUCAACAACCAACUUGGCGGUUCGCUUGAUGCUACUGUCUUUGGUGCUUACGAUAAGUUGGUUCAAGCUUGUCUGGCAACUGGCGCACUUUGCAUCAUCGAUCUGCACAACUACGCCCGAUGGAACGGCGCGAUUGUCGGUCAAGGCGGCCCUACCAACGACCAGUUCGCCGACGUUUGGUCUAAACUUGCUACCAAGUACAAGUCCGUGAUGAACAUCGGGUUCGGCUUGAUGAAUGAGCCGCACGACCUUACAAUGUCAACUUGGACUACCUCCGUGCAAGCUGCUGUCACCGCUAUCCGCAAAGCUGGUGCUACAUCACAAUAUAUCCUCCUCCCCGGUACCGACUACACUUCUGCAGGAACCUUUGUGCAGAACAGCGGCCCAGCACUUCUGACUGUCAAGGAUGCUGACGGUUCUUCGAGCAAGCUCAUCUUCGACGUACACCGCUACCUAGACUCUGAUAAUAGCGGUACCAACGCAGAGUGUACCAGCGACCACGUGUCCGAUUCCUUCACUCCCCUCGCCUCGUGGCUCCGUACAGAAGGGCGCAAGGCGAUUGUCUCCGAGAUUGGCGGUGGCAACACUGCCUCUUGUGAGCAGUACGUUUGCGCUGCCAUCGCUGCCCUCAACAAGAACAGCGAUGUGUAUCUUGGAUACACAGGUUGGUCUGCUGGCGCUUUCGACUCUUCUUACGUGCUUUCCAUGACACCGACUGGUUCGUCUGACAAGACUCUUAUGUCCAAGUGCUUCAGUCGCGCAUAGACUGUUGGUACUCUUCUGAGGUACAUUGUACUCGAAACAAUACUUUUACCUGGCCUAGCCACAAUGUCUCGAUUACUUUUCUUGCGGCCUGUAUAUCUACAUCUUUUGCAGCACGUUGUUUAGAAAAGUCUUUACCCUCCCAACCAGCUUGAUUUAGAUCUAGUCA